AUGUGCGUAAACCUAAAUCAGAACUUGCAAUCGAAAGUGAGCCUCAUAUCAAAACGGCUGCUUAGGGUUACUCUUUCUCUCCCUUUCCUUUACUUCUGGGCUACGAGUGCGGGAAUCACGAGGGGUGCUUCUUCUUCUACAAAAAUCAACAUGGAUCAGGAUGGGACCCAAAGUAAUGUUAAAAAGCCAGUGUGGCUUGAGGAUUUUCUAGAGAGAAAAUUCUUUGGCUCAUGUUCUCUUCACCAGACUCGUAGAAAUCAGUUAAAUAAGUAUUGUAUUUAUUGCAAUAAGUUAUGCUGUCAAUUUUGUGUAUCUUUUGGUCUCCAUCGCCAUCAUAAGUUGCUUAAAGUGUCUAGACAUGUUAACAAGGAUGUUGUCUCCCUGCGUGCAAUUGAGAAUUACUUUGAUUGUUCCCAAAUUCAGACAUACAAAUGCAACAAGCGAUUGGUUGUUUCUCGGAAUCCUCUCGAAGUCUUUGAGUUAUCAUCAAAUGUUGAAGAAUCAUGCAAAGUUUGCAAAAAAAAGUUUAAUGCACCUCAUUUAUAUAGCUACUGCUCCAUUUCUUGCAAGGUUGUAGCACUUGAGAAAAAGCCUGCACCUGAGGAUCCUGCUAGCAUAAUAAUAAUUGAGUCUUCCUCGGGACCUUCUCUCGAGAGUCGUCCUCGUCCUCGUCCUCGUCCUCUUCCCCGGCAAACACAGGAGAUAACUUCUGAACCUUCCAAAAGGAAAAGGAAAAGAAAGGGAAGCCCCCAUAGAAGCCCCUUACAAUAA